AUGGCGCUAUCGGUAGUUUCUGACGAUGAUACCGAUUCGUUCCAUUUUGGAAUAGGAGAAUUCCUUUUUAGUUGGUUAUUAUUGUCCACUGAUCCUCCACACGGAAUUCCAGUUGGUAGUCAACUACAACAAGAUGAUCAAUACUUAUCAAAACUUUUCUUAUGGAUUGCAGUAAUAUUUUUAAGUUGGCUAUUAUUGGCAUGAUUUACUCGUAGAGUACAUUAUUUUUUAUUAUUAUUAUUAUUAUUAUUAUUCUAUCAUUCAAUGAACUACUAUAAGAGUAAGGCUUCUUCUCAUAAAUUAUUUUAAUUUGCUAUUUUGUCCUAAUCUGUUGGCUAAAUAUCAAAAUAUAUACUUAAAUUUGUAUUGUUUGUUGCUUAGUCUGAAAUCAUAACUUAUAUAAAAGCUUUGACUGUAGUUUAAUAUCACAUUUUUUAACAGUUUGACUAUUAUUUUGUCAAUGAUUUCAUCAAGAAUAUUCUCAAAACCAUCAAUAAUUUAAACAGUUCUGUCUUUUGAGUUUUAAACUAUAAUAAAUCUGCAAAUAU